GGUCCGGGUCACCAGUCGCUGCUCUGCCAGUAGGGCGCACAACCCAGCCUCGCCCAGCCUCUCCGCCGCGCUCCAAGGGCUUCCCGUCGGGACCAUGCGCGGCCGCGAGCUCCCGCUGGUCCUACUGGCGCUGGUCCUCUUCCAGGCGCCCCGGGGGCGAGCGGUCCCGCUGCCUGCGGGCGGAGGGACCGUGCUGACCAAGAUGUACCCGCGCGGCAACCACUGGGCGGUGGGACACUUAAUGGGGAAAAAGAGCACAGGGGAGUCUUCUGUUUCUGAGAGAGGGAGCCUAAAGCAACAGCUGAGAGAGUACAUCAGGUGGGAAGAAGCUGCAAGCAAUUUGCUGGGUCUCAUAGAAGCAAAGGAGAACAGAAACCACCAGCCACCUCAACCCAAGGCCCUGGGCAAUCAGCAGCCUUCGUGGGAUUCAGAGGAUAGCAGCAACUUCAAAGAUUUGGUAGACUCUCUGCUCCAGGUUCUCAACGUGAAGGAAGGAACCCCCCAGCUGAACCAGCAAUGACAAUGAUGGCCUCUCUCAAAGGAGAAAAACAAAACCCGUAAGAGACUGCGUUCUGCAAGCAUCAGUUCUACGGAUCAUCAACAAGAUUUCCUUGUGCAAAAUAUUUGACUAUUCUUGUAUCUUUCAUCCUUGACUAAAUUCGUGAUUUUCAAGCAGCAUCUUCUGGUUCGAACUUGUUUGCUGUGAACAAUUGUCGAAAAGAGUCUUCCAAUUAAUGCUUUCUACAUCUAGGCUACCUGUUGGUUAGAUUCAAGGCCCCGAGCUGUUACCAUUGACAAUAAAAGCUUAAACACA